AUGCCUACUGAAAGCGUCAGAGCCUCGUCGCGGUGGGUCACCCGCAGUAUACCCGUAAUACUGGCCAGCGCUGUUGGUUAUGCGACAUUCGUUGUUGUCGCUCGAGUUUGUGUCAAAUUUCUUAUCAACUCGCGCGGCGAUGUUGGAGCUGCGACAGCCAUCCUCGUUUUCUACUUCCUUCUCCUGCUUCUUAUGAUUGCAACGUACGUUCGAACCAUCACCAUCAUUAAUACCGAUCCCGGCCUUGUUCCUCUGGGCCCUUUGGCCAUUGAGCGAAGAAAGAAAGAGAAGAGGAGCCCGAAAACCCCGUCCCGCGAAGGGGAUAUUGAGGGCCAGCCGUAUUACGUCUCCCCUGACCCCAAUCCUGACAGCCCGGGCCUGGAGCAGUUCUACACCAAGGAUGUCUUCGUGUGUGAGAAUGAUGGUCGUCCCAAGUGGUGCUCGGAUUGUUGCAAUUGGAAGUCUGACCGCGCUCACCACAGCAGCGAAAUCAACCGUUGUGUGACUAGGAUGGACCAUUAUUGUCCCUGGGUUGGUGGCAUGGUCGGCGAGAACUCAUUCAAGUUCUUCACGCAAUUCACCAUGUACACAGCGUGUUACUGCGGCGUAGUGCUCGGCGCUGCAGGAUCCAGCCUGCAGAAGCAAAUUCGCGCUGGGGAACCAUUCGACAGCCACUUUAUUGGUGUCCUCGGGCUUGCUGGCUUCUUCGGACUUUUCACUUUGUCUAUGACACUCGCGUCAUGGAGAUACAUUUCGAUCAAUAUGACUAAUGUUGAUAUGUUUGGAGCCAAGUCAAAAGUCUACCAACUUGCCGUUCGGGUUCCGCUUGGAACCCCAUCGACCGACACGUAUAACACAGUGACUUACCCCCUACCGAGACCGGAAAGCUCGACGAAAAUGCUUGGUUUUCUCACGGCAGCUAUGGGUAGUCUCAGUGAACGCCCUCACAGUGACAGCAGCAAUGGUCAUGAGCAAGCGAAAGAUCAAGGGGAUGCGAGCACGGAAAAUGGCGAUACUGGGAUCAAUGGCUCAUCUGAACACCCGAAAGAACCGCAGAACGCAAGAGAUGCUCUUGCGCAACGAACUUAUGCAAUUCUAAGGACAGACCCGGGAGAGAACCCUUGGGACUUAGGGUUUUGGCAGAAUUGGAAAGACGUCAUGGGAAACAAUAUCCUAGACUGGUUUCUUCCUCUGCGGAGAUCACCUUGCACGUGCCAUGAUAGCCAAGAAAGCUAUUAUCGCAUGGGGCCUUUAUUGAGCGAGCUCCGCGCGAGGUAUGGCAUUGGCGAGAUGCCACGGGAUGAAGCAAACUGGAUUCAGAUGAGCGAGACUACGAGGUAA